CAGCUACCAGGCUCGUUCCCGGACUCGAAGUGCGCGCACGCAUAUGCUUGUUGUCAUUGUGCUUGCAAGCUGCAGGAAGUGGGUCGCUGCUGUAAAAACGAGGAGCUACUGUUACAUCCCCAUGUAACUGGUCUGUCCAGGAUUAUGAGAAUAAAUGAGAACACGCUGCUGGAGGGGAAGCAUGUGGUGCUGGUGCCCUACAACCCAGAGCAUGUCCCCAGAUACCACCAAUGGAUGGGCUCUGCAGAGCUGCAGAAGCUGACCGCGUCGGAGCCUCUGACUCUGGAGCAGGAGUACGAAAUGCAGAAGAGUUGGCGGGAGGACGAUGACAAAUGCACUUUCAUUAUCCUGGAUAAGCAUCGCUGGGCAGACCCCUCGGUGCCGGAGCAGGACUGCAUGCUGGGGGAUGUGAAUAUCUUCCUCACAGACCCUGAAGACACUUCUCUGGGGGAGGUUGAAAUCAUGAUUGCAGAGCCCAGUUACCGAGGCAGAGGGUUUGGCAAGGAGGUGACCCGCAUGAUCAUGUGUUAUGGAGUAACAAAACUUGGAAUUUCAAAGUUUGAAGCCAAAGUUGGCCUGGAAAACAAAGUCAGCAUCGCCAUGUUUAAGAAGUUUCAUUUUCAGGAGGUGUCUCUCAGUGAGGUUUUCCAACAAAUAACGUUACAGCUGACGAUAGAUGAAGCGCAGAAGAAGUGGCUGCUAGGAGGCAAGAAAUUUAUGGAGGAGAAAGAGUACAAGAAAACAAAGACCAACAUCAGACAAGAAUAGAGCUGUCCAUAAACUGAGGAAAUCAUGAAGACAAGACAGUGGAGUGAGGCACAUAGUUUCAGUGUGGCCAGCAAACUAUUUGAUUUCUGAAUUUUAUUUAUGUAUUUUGCUUUUUUUUAUUUUUUAAUAGAAAAUCAAGCUAUUGUAACAUGUUCCAAAUAGAGGAACAUGCAGCUUUGAAAUGUAGAUUCACAAAUAAAGUCAAAAUCUUGCUUCUUUCAAA